AUGCCUUCCUUCCUCCAGGGAACAAACCAAACACCUGACAGUGUCUUGCUGAUUUUACCUCUCCUUUUUUUUCCGCGUGUCUAUCCUCCAUCCCCUCCUUUACCUCUCAAUUCCCUUUCCCCCUACAGAUACCUGCGUGUCCCUGUGUCCGUGCAUGGAAUAGCACGCUUCUCCUUCUCCGAAUUGUGUGCCAACACGCUUGGCCCACCAGACUACCUCGCUCUAGCUUUGCGCUACCACACGCUCUUCCUGUCAGAGAUUCCCGUGCUCUCGCGCUCGGUGCACGACCAGGCGCGCCGCUUCCUCACACUCACAGACGAGCUUUACAACCACCGCUGCCUGCUCGUGUGCUCCGCUGCUGCUGCUCCAAAUAAGCUGUUUAAGGGGCUGCUGGAGAGAGUGGGGAGCGGGGGGGUGAGGGAGCCGGGGGGUGGUGGGGAGGGGGGUGGGAGAGGAGGAGAGGGUCGGGUUGAUGUGGAGGGGGAGGUGGAGAAGGAGGAGGGAGGGAUUGUGCCGAGGAUUGAUCUUGAGAGCUUGCAGUUUGAGUCAGAGGUGGGGGGCAGUCGCCUAAGAAGGGACGUGUUGGCAGAGGGGGGUCGCUCCGCCCUCACCUCCUCUUCCACACUCCCCGUGCGCCAGCUGUCCGGGCGAGAAGAGGAGUUUGCAUUCCACCGAGCGGUUUCGAGGCUGCUGGAAAUGCAGUCGGAGCGAUAUUACAGGCUGCACUGCCAAGUGCGUCGAGUGUUAACACCGUAA